CUGAGAACGCGUUCGAGGCGUGCGUUGACUUUCGGGUGGCGACGUACGCUAAGCGUGUGUCUUCAUUAUUGAUGCAAAAGUUCCACGAUGGUAGAUCAUAACGAAAAAUUGUUACAGGAGUUGUUAAAGAAACCGGGAAAUAAUGUGUGUGCCGAUUGUGGAAGCGAGGGUCCUGAUUGGGCUUCUUACAACCUGGGUAUAUUUAUAUGUAUGAGAUGUGCAAGCAUCCAUCGCGGCAUGGGGGCGCACAUCAGCAAAGUCAAACAUCUAGAAUUAGAUCGCUGGGAGGAUUCCCAGGUGCAGAGAAUGAAGGAAGUUGGGAACAUUGCAGCGAAAAAUAAAUACGAAGAACGUGUGCCCUCUUGUUAUCGACGACCGACGAAAAACGAUCCACAAGUUUUGAUAGAGCAAUGGAUCCGCGCUAAGUACGAAAGAGAAGAAUUUUGUCAACCGGACCGACAGAGCUACCUCUCAGGUUCCAUGGUAGGAUUCCUCAUGAAGAGAGGCAAAGAGGAUAGCCGCUAUCAACUAAGAAAAUUCGUUCUGAACGAAAACGAGGAUACUUUGAAGUACCAUGUCAAAGAGAACAAGGAACCGAAGGGCGUCUUGAAACUGUCAGAGCUGAACGUAUCUUUCGCUCCUUCUAAGAUCGGCCACAUGAAUUCUAUGCAGCUCACAUUUAUGAAGGACGGCUCGACGAGACAUAUUUAUGUGUAUCAUGAUGAUCCAGAAGUUAUCAACUGCUGGUAUACGGCGAUACGUUGUGCAAAGUUACAUCUAUUACAAGUGGCGUUUCCAUCAAGUCCUCAAUCCGAUCUCAUCAUGCGUCUACCCAAAGACUUUGCAAGAGAAGGUUGGCUGUGGAAAACUGGACCCCGGCCCUCUGACGUCCACAGACGUCGUUGGUUUACACUCGAUAACAGAAAACUAAUGUAUCACGAUGAACCGUUGGACGCUUAUCCGAAAGGCGAAAUUUUCAUUGGCCACGAAUCCAACGGUUAUCAAAUUAAAGUAUCGAACACGGGUAAUGGUUGCAAAGAGGCGCGUUUUCCCUUCCACCUCGUGACUCCGGAUAGAACAUUCUGCCUCGCCGCGACAACACACGAGGACAGAGCUGGCUGGCUCGCGGUCAUACAGCAAGCUUUAAAGAGACCGUUAACACCACAAGACUCCACUAUCGAGGCUACCCUGGUACGAAAACGCACAACGUCAAACUCCAUCAGCAUAUUCUCAGGGAGGUAGUUUAAUAUUAUCGAUAGUUAUUUUAGCGUUAGAUCACAUAGAAAAGUAUUCUUUAAGAAAUUACUGCUCAUUAAUUUCGUUUAUACGUGAAAACUGGUUUUCAAUGCAAAUGAAAUUUAUGUUGAAAUGCAGCAAAUACAGAAAAUAAUUACACAUAUGUAUUUUUAGAUUAUUUUAUUUGUAAAUAAAAUUUAGUUCGUCAAUAAAA